CGCUAGUGUUUUAGAUUCCUUUUCAAUGUACUUUUGGUGUCUCUAUAAUUAUGCUGGGUAAAUAGAAAAUAAAUCUCAAAACAUUAUACACUUCCAACAAUUCUGCCGCCUAUCUUCUAUGAGGGUGUUUAUUCAUCAUUUUUCUUAACAAUCGUACCAGCCAUGCAGAAGUUAGCAUCAUUCAAUUGUUUCGUUUUAAAAACUUUUACGAUGCUUCAUCAUUUCGAAAUUGAUUGCUGUAUCUUGGUAAAAUCUGGAGCUUGAUAAGUUUCGUACUUCUUUUUCCGAAGAUCUCAUCUUAGGACGAAAGGCAAACCCAUACGACUACUUUUAUCUGUAUACUAGACAUUGCUAUUUGAAACCUACCCAUUCUGCUCGUACAGGAAAAUCAGUUAUUAUUUUUUUUAAACCGUUAUUGAAGCUACUACAUAACUGCAAUUUUGAAGAUUGCCGAGUUCUGCUUUUGUUUUCUCGGCGCGUAGACAUUCUAAUACUGUAAAAUAUAUUUCUGGUUUGUUUGAAUAUGUCUGCUUCUAUAAAAUCCCGUAUUCUUCCCUCUGUUAUGAAAAGAGCCAACUCUUCUUCAUCUGCUUUAAAGCAUACUCCUUUGUACGACCUUCAUGUCAAUGCAGGGGCGACAAUCGUACCGUUUGCCGGAUUUUCUAUGCCUUUGCAAUAUAAGGAUCAAACGAUCAGUGCAAGCCACAGAUGGACUCGUGAACAUUCUGGCUUGUUUGAUGUAAGCCAUAUGGUUCAGUGGUUUAUUCGCGGUGAGAAUGCUACUGCAUACCUAGAAAGUAUUACACCUUCAUCUUUAAAAGAGCUCGCUCCAUUCCACUCUACCUUGAGUGCUUUUACAAAUGAACAAGGUGGAAUCAUUGAUGAUACAAUUAUCGCUAAGCAUGAUGAUAAUACAUACUACGUUGUCACUAACGCUGCGUGCAGUGUAAAAGAUGAAGCCAAUUUAAAAAGCCAUCUUGAAAAUUGGAAAGGUGUCGAGCUUGAACGUGUACAAGAUCGUGCAUUAAUUGCAAUCCAAGGCCCCGAAACCGCGACAGUCAUUCAAAGUCUUGCACCUUCCAAUGAUUUUUCAGCGCUUAAGUUUGGUCAGUCUGCUUACGUUGAUUUCAAGGGUAUUCGGUGUCUCGUCUCUCGCGGUGGUUAUACCGGUGAAGACGGAUUUGAAAUUUCUGUCCCGGCUGAUGCUUCUAUAGAUUUUGCUCAGAGCAUUUUAGCUAAUAAAAACGUACGUCCGAUUGGUCUUGGGGCUCGUGAUACCUUGCGUUUGGAAGCAGGUAUGUGUUUAUACGGCAGCGACAUUGAUGACACCACAUCUCCUGUUGAGGGUUCACUCUCGUGGAUCGUUGGAAAACGUAGAAGAGAAGAAAAUAAUUUUAUCGGUAGUAGCCGAAUUCUGAAAGAAAUUAAAGAAGGUGCUUCUCGCCGCCGUGUGGGUUUCAUAAUUGAAAAUGCUCCGGCCCGCCAUGGUAGCAUCAUUGAAGUUGACGGAGUCCAAGUGGGCAACAUUACCUCUGGAUGUCCUUCCCCCUCUCUAAGUAAAAACAUUGCUAUGGGUUACGUUACUACUGGAUUCCAUAAGACUGGUACUUCGGUUCAUGUAAAGGUCCGUAAUAAACUUCAACCUGCUACGGUGGUUCGUAUGCCUUUCGUUCCCUCCAAAUAUUACAGAUGAUAAUUUACCCUUGAUUCUCAUUCCUUCUUGUACCUAUCCCUCACUCCUUUUCUUCCUACAUCUAUUAUUCUAAUUAAUCCAUUUGAUCGAUAUCGAGUUGUAUUUCCAGUUUUCUCGGUUCGCUUCAUUUUGUAAUUAUCAGAUUAGUUUGCUUCCUAUUUUUCUAUCACAUGAGUUUUAUAU